AUGCCGCCAAAGCAACCCUUCCCCAAGGCCGCAGAACCUCUUCAUGGCGCCUCGUUCGACCCGUGGAACUCAUCGUCAACCGGUCACCAGCGCCCGGAGAACAACCCGGGCACAGGCUGGCGUGAGUCUCGAAACCGCAAACUCAACAGCCAGUUCCGCGGCGGCUCAGCUGGAGGGGAGCGGAUGAGCGACACCUGGGGUGUCGGUGCCGAGGACUACGAUGAGAAGCGCAAAGCUAUUGUUCCCAAGGCUGCGAGGGAGAGGGCUCAGCGGAGUGUGAGAGACAUGCUUGUUCAGCCAGGAAAGAUGAAGGAGAGUCUGGCUGAGGAGGAACAGGUCGAGGGUGGUCUCACAAGCGAGGAGGCGUUGAUGGAGAAGAGGAAGCAAGAAGAUGAAACAAAGAAGGAAGACAGACGCAUCUUUGACGGCGUGGUCGUCUACGUCAACGGGAGCACGUUUCCUCUCAUCUCGGACCAUAAGCUGAAGCAUCUCCUCACCGAACACGGCGGUCAAAUGUCACUACACCUCGGCAGGCGGCGAGUAACCCACGUCAUAGUAGGGAGACCAGCCGGAGGACUCGCGGGGGGUAAAAUGGAAAAGGAGAUCCGCAAAGUCGGCGGCUGCGGAGUCAAGUUUGUCGGCGCUGAGUGGGUCCUCGAGAGCCUCAAGGCAGGAAAACGGUUACCCGAGGCUCGCUUCUCAAACAUGAAGGUUGCAGCCAAGGCCCAGGGGAGUGUCUACGGCAUGUUUGCGAAACACCCAACCGGACAGUCGUCCAAGGAAUGA